UUUUCUUAUAUAGCAACCAAAUAACAAUGCCUAAUCUAGGUCAUCUAACGAUACGGCCUGACACAAAAAAUGCUAGACUGAUUAAAACCUUCAUCAAUGCUGGGCAAAAAAAAUUCUAGUGGAUAAUGCAAGCAAGAAGUGAUCUUAACUUUGAUGUGUCCGAUGAAACCAACCAAGCGGAGCCAGGCGUCACUGUAAACACAUCAGCAAUCCAUACAAACCAUAUCCCAAUACCAUACCACCUAGGAUAUGCAUUUAAUCAGAAACUUAUAAACUAUGGAUUUAUUUUAAAAUUCAAACAUCCAAAGUUGCUGUUUUCUCGUGGUUUUAGGCAAAGAAGAUAUCCAACAUCCGCAUCUAAACGGUUUGGAGUAAUGACUUCUCUAAAUGCCGUCGUUACUCAUCCGAACGAUUGGGUCUUUCGUCAUCAGGUCGAAGGAAUGCGAUUAUUGCUAUAUCAUCCGAACCUCUCAACUUCAAUAGGGCUGGAGAGUGAACGGUUCUUGGUGACAUUCAUGGAAGCAGAUAAUUUAGAUAGAAAAGAGAUGUUCAGCCCAGUGCCCAGAAGACGAAGAUUUGCCGAUCACGGAAUGGUCCUUUUUCCAUAUAGCUUUGAAAUCUCGUUAAGGUCUUGUUUUUAA